CGCGAAUUAGUUGAAUUUGAAUCAAUAAGAGUGUUACAACUCCCUCGAUCAUUUACUCAUUUGGGAAUAACAUACUAUUAUAAUUAACAAUAUGCGAGUUACUAUUGUGAUUUUUGUCGCACUCUGCCUCGUGGCUCUUACUUUUGCAUCUCCAGCCGGCAAAAAGCAGGCCCCAGCAUGUGCACGUGAUUGCGGCGAAAAAUAUUCACCACUAUGCGGCAAAGAGAAAAAUGGCAGCAAGUUGCUUACAUUUGGAAAUGAAUGCGUAUUGUUGCGUUUUAAUUGCGAACAUCCCGAUGGACAAUAUAACAUAGAUAGCGUAGGGGAAUGUGCCGGCAAUGUUAGCGUGCGCCUCUCCUAAAACAAGCCUUCUUAUAUGGUUUUAUUGAAAUGUGCAAUUAAAUUGAAGAAAUAAAUUUAUUUCAAUACGUGUAUUGCGUAAUAA